UCCGCCCUGCAUGCCGGCCUUAGCCCCGCGAAUCACCAGCGCCCGCCGGCGCCGAGCCAGGUGAGCGCCCGCCGUCCGGGUCCUGCCCGCGCCCCGCAUCUUGACCUGCGCGCUCGCGAGUCUCAGAUCCGGGCGGAUGCCUUGGGGACUGGGGGUGCUGGAGCGACCCCGGUUCUUGCCACUGCACCCCAGGACCCUGCUUGACCCCCUGGAGCCCUACUGUGUGCUGGUCCCCUGGCUGCCUGCCACCUCUGGAAGGGAAACCGCAACGACGCGGCUCGUGCUAGAAGGGGGGCUGGACUCUUCUGGACCCUGACCUUCUCUGCCCUUCUGUCCAAGGCCCAGCAACCUCUGUCCAUUGCUGGGCUGGGAGCAAGGAGCAGUGGCUCCCCUGAAAAGAGGUCCCAAGGCAGCUCCAGCUGGCAUGGCAGCUCUAGCAGCUCCAGCAUCUCUGAGGACCAUAGGGAAUCCAGCCCUGCAGGCAAUGCCCUAGACCUUGGACAGCUGGACAACCUGCCAUUUGUGCUCCCACCAGCCAGGCCAGAUCUCAAGACCACUCACCAUGGGUGGCUGCUUCUCCAAGCCCAAGCCAGUGGAACUCAAGAUUGAGGUGGUGCUGCCAGAGAAGGAGCGGGGCAAGGAGGAGCUGUCGGCCAGCGGAAAGGGCAGCCCCCGGGCUUACCAGGGCAAUGGCACGGCCCGCCACUUCCAUGCUGAAGAGCGCCUGCCUGCCCCACAACCCUACCCCAGCCCUCAGGACUGUGUGGAGGCGACUGUCUGCCAUGUCAAGGACCUCGAGAAUGGCCAGAUGCGGGAAGUGGAGCUGGGCUGGGGGAAGGUGUUGCUGGUGAAGGAGAACGGGGAAUUCCAUGCCCUGGGCCACAAGUGUCCUCACUAUGGGGCACCCCUGGUGAAAGGUGUGCUGUCCAGGGGCCGGGUGCGCUGCCCUUGGCAUGGUGCCUGCUUCAACAUCAGUACUGGGGACCUAGAGGAUUUCCCAGGCCUGGACAGUCUGCACAAGUUCCAGGUGAAGAUUGAGAAGGAGAAGGUGUAUGUCCGGGCCAGUAAGCAGGCCCUGCAGCUGCAGCGAAGGACAAAAGUGAUGACCAAGUGUAUCUCUCCAAGUGCUGGUCACAGCGGCAGCACCAAUGUGCUCAUAGUGGGUGCAGGUGCUGCUGGCCUGGUGUGUGCAGAGACACUACGACAGGAGGGCUUCUCAGACCGGAUUGUCCUGUGCACACUGGAUCGGCAUCUGCCCUAUGACCGUGCCAAGCUCAGCAAGUCCCUGGAUGCACAACCUGAGCAGCUGGCCCUCAGGCCUAAGGAAUUCUUUCGGGCUUAUGGCAUCGAGGUGCUCACUGAGGCCCAGGUGGUCACAGUGGACGUGAGAAACAAGAAAGUUGUGUUCAAGGAUGGCUUCAAGCUUGAGUACAGUAAACUGUUGCUGGCACCAGGGAGCAGUCCUAAGAUCCUGAGCUGCAAAGGCAAAGAUGUGGAGAACGUGUUCACCAUCCGUACCCCUGAGGAUGCCAAUAGAGUGGUGAGGCUGGCCCGGGGUCGAAAUGCCGUCAUUGUGGGAGCUGGCUUCCUGGGGAUGGAGGUGGCUGCCUAUUUGACUGAGAAGGCCCAUUCGGUGUCUGUGGUGGAGCUGGAAGAGAUGCCCUUCCGGAAGUUCCUAGGAGAGCGUGUUGGUCGUGCCCUUAUGAAGAUGUUUGAGAAUAACCGGGUGAAGUUCUACAUGCAAACAGAGGUGUCAGAGCUGCGGGCUCAGGAGGGCAAGCUUCAGGAGGUGGUACUGAAGAGCAGCAAGGUCCUACGGGCAGACGUCUGCGUGGUAGGCAUUGGUGCGGUGCCUGCCACAGGCUUCCUGCGGCAGAGUGGCAUUGGUCUGGAUUCCCGAGGUUUCAUCCCUGUCAACAAGAUGAUGCAGACCAACAUCCCAGGUGUGUUUGCUGCUGGUGAUGCCGUCACCUUUCCCCUUGCCUGGAGGAAUAACCGGAAAGUGAACAUCCCACACUGGCAGAUGGCUCAUGCUCAGGGGCGGGUGGCAGCCCAGAACAUGCUGGCACAGGAGGCGGAGAUCAACACGGUACCCUAUCUGUGGACUGCCAUGUUCGGCAAGAGCCUGCGCUAUGCGGGCUAUGGAGAAGGCUUCGAUGACGUCAUCAUUCAGGGGGAUCUGGAGGAACUGAAGUUUGUGGCUUUUUACACCAAAGGCGACGAGGUGAUUGCAGUGGCCAGCAUGAACUAUGAUCCCAUCGUGUCCAAGGUGGCCGAGGUGUUGGCCUCAGGCCGGGCCAUCCGGAAGCGGGAGGUGGAGUUGUUUAUACUGCGCAGCAAGUACGUGUGUCCUCUGUCCUUCCUGUUGACUGUUCUGAGCCUUUCUUCCCUCAGCCCAAUGAUCAACUCUCCUACCCCUCCCAAUUCCAUUUCCCCAUUGAGCACUAGGCUCUGACACAGAGCAGUCCCCGCUGCUGUCUUCAACAGUCAGCUGUUCAUGGUACCAGGACUGGGGAACCUACCUUCUGACCUGAUCCAUCCUCUCCUUAUUCCUACAGAACCGGUGACAUGUCUUGGCUUACAGGGAAAGGAUCCUGAGUUCUCAUGUGGUGGACUUGGGCAGGCCUCUGGGGCACCAGGGCCAGAAAUCAAGCCCUGGGGGCAGGUGCCAAUCUCCAAUUUCCCAGGAUUCCCCAGGGUACAGUCUGAGCCCUCCCAAGGCUUGCUGCUUUGUACUGCCUGGCUCCCCUCCAAAAAGGCUACUGCUGCCUCCAGAAGAUGCUCCUCAUCCAAGGCUUCAGCUGUCAUUGACAGCUGGCUCUGGAGGCAGGAUAGGCUCUGCCUGUUUUCCCUUUCUUGGCACUGUUUUCCUUGCAGGACCCUGCAACAUUACCUUAAGAUUAAAAUGCACAUAUUUGCA